UUCCUUGUCGGAGAGUCGACGGCAGAUCUCCGGGGCUGAACGGUCAUGGCGUUACUGGAUCUGUGCGGAGCUCGGGGGCAGCGGCCCGAGUGGGCCGCCCUGGGUGCAGAAAGUGGGUACCGCUCGGACCCGGGACACUACAGUUUCUCUGUGCGAGCUCCGGAGCUCGCCCUUCCCCGGGGAAUGCAGCCUUCGGAAUUCCUGAGGUCCUUUGGCGGUGACCAGGAAAGGAAUGUUCAGAUUGAGAUGGCCCACGGCACCACCACGCUAGCCUUCAAGUUCCAGCAUGGAGUCAUCGUGGCAGUGGACUCCCGGGCCUCUGCGGGGACUUACAUUAGCACCCUAAGAGUGAACAAGGUGAUCGAGAUUAACCCUUACCUGCUCGGCACCAUGUCUGGCUGUGCUGCCGACUGUCAGUACUGGGAGCGGCUGCUGGCUAAGGAAUGCAGGCUGUACUACCUGCGGAAUGGGGAACGCAUCUCCGUGUCUGCGGCCUCCAAGCUGCUCUCCAACAUGAUGCUGCAGUACCGGGGCAUGGGCCUCUCCAUGGGCAGCAUGAUCUGCGGCUGGGACAAGAAGGGACCAGGACUCUACUAUGUAGAUGAAAAUGGGACUCGGCUCUCAGGACAGAUGUUCUCCACCGGCAGCGGGAACACCUAUGCCUAUGGGGUGAUGGACAGUGGCUACCGGCAGGAUCUCAGUCCUGAAGAGGCCUAUGACCUUGGCCGCAGGGCUAUUGUUCACGCCACCCACAGAGAUUGCUAUUCUGGAGGCGUUGUUAAUAUGUACCACAUGAAGGAAGACGGCUGGGUGAAAGUGGAAAGUUCCGAUGUCAGUGACCUGAUGCACAAGUACCGGGAGGCCAAUCAGUGAUGGCGGUGGCUGCUGGGCAGGUGGCUCCUGGCAAGCCUGGUGGACUCGGGGACCUGGGCCAACUUCAGUCCCAGGAGAAAGGAGGGCCCAACCUGGGCCGGAGACAGAAAGCUCUGAGGCCAUGGAGACGGCCAGGUUCACCCUCGUCUCACUGAACACUCCAUCCCUGGAUACCUUCUAAGUACAAUAAAAGAAAACGGUUAUACGUGU